UGUUUAUGUUGGUGUAUAAAAAAUUUAUAGAAAUAAAUGAUUAAAUUAUUAGAAUAUGUAAUAUUAUCAAAAGUACAUAUCUAUUUAUGAUAAACAAGUUUUUUAAUAUCACGGAUAGUUUUUGGUCACUUAUAUUACAUCAUGACUGUGUCAUUCGCCUUAACAGUCGUUAGUAAUACACGGUGACUGUUAGAAGGACGUUGCAUUGUGCGCAGGUUAUGCCAUAUUAGUCAAUUUUAUAAUGUAAUUUGUAUUGUCCAAAUUUAUAUAUAAAGAUUUAUAAGUAAUGGGACAAUCUCAGGACAGUAAUUCAACUCCUCGUGUGCUAUACGACGAGACAGGUGACAAUGGAUAUAUUCUUGGUAACAAAUACAUUCCGGAGGAGUUGUUAGCUGAAUUUCUUUGUCACGUUGACAACACGACACUUUUAAAUUGUCAAUUGGUUUGUCAACGUUGGAAAAAUUUAAUACUCAAUUAUGUUUGGCGUAAGAAAGCUGAGAUGACGUUAACUCGUCCGCAUACAUUGGAUACAGAUAUGCCUUGGAAAGCUUAUUACUUGAUAGCUAAGAAAAAACCUUUCGAAAGAAAUUUAAUAAAAAAUCAUUCAGGAGAAUAUGGUGUACAGAAGCAUUGGAAAAUCUUGACGGAUGGUGGUGAUCAUUGGAUAGUUGAAAAUCCACCAAAGGGUGUUCCACCUCUACCAAAAAACGAACCCGUUUUUGAAAAAAAAGAACAUUGCUUCGUAACAUCUUACUAUAAUUGUUUCAAAAUUCAAACGAUAGAUUUAGAAGCUGAGGGAUUAACGUCCUACGUCUUGGAUGUUUUGCAACCUACUAUAGUGGUAAGCGAAUGGUAUAGUUGUAGAUGGGAUUGUCCAGCUCAUUAUGAAUGUACAGUCGAAUUAAUAGGAAGUGAUAACAAAAUGAUGGAUACAUUCCAAUUCCAUGACGAUAUCGAAGGAGAUAAACAAAAUCAAUGGUUACAUGUCAGUCACGAAUUUAAAGAUUAUGGGCCUGGUCUUAAAAAAAUUAGUUUUUAUCACGGAGGAAUGGAUAAAUCAUUUUGGGCUGGUCAUUACGGUAGUAAAAUGGCUGGGGCUUGUGUUAUCGUUAAAAUACCUAAAAAUGAUGAACAUCGAUGUGACGACGAUGAUGACGAUGAUACAGAUACGAAUACGGAUACAGAUUCGGAUACAAAUAAAACCUCUAAUACGGAAUAAUAAAGGAAGAACUAAAUA